CCCCCGUCCUGACGUCAGCUGGAUGUGAUGUGUGAUUUUCUUUUUUUCCCCCUUCCCAUCCCAGCCUCGGUCUGACGCAUUCACACAUCAGCCCUUCGGCAGCAAACUGAGAUGAAAAGCUGUACAAUGUGCCACAGUGAACUACUACUGUCAACAACGGUGGAGCUGAGGAAUCCUUUAUUUCACUGUAGGAUGCCACUUGUCAGCCUGUUGUUUGCCUCCGAUACGUUUUCUGCUGAGACUACAUGAGACCGUGGAAGUGAUCAUUCACACAGCCGUCAGGGGCAUUUUAGGGUGAAGUGUCUUGCCCAAGGACACACAGGCACGCGCGUGGACUGGAGGCCCCGGGGAACCAUCGACCUUCUGGCUCAGGUAUGUGUACCUGAACACCUGGUACCCACAUCUCCUCGUGAACGCCAGUCGGCAUGCUGCCUGAGACUGUCCUGCAGCAGUGAUGCCCGCCGUCAGCCGUCCCGCUCCUCUCCUCUGUGUGCUGCUGUGUGUGUCGCUGGCCCUGCAGCGCUCCGACCUGCGCCUGGCCUAUGUGACCCACAACAGCUUUUUCUACUACUCCUGCAACCAGGACCCGCAACCCUGCAGCGUCUCGUCGCUGACAGACUGCAGAUGCAAGGACAUACAGCUUUCCACCCUACACCACCCGCAGUCGCACUCGUCUCCCGUUUUCCGCAUGAGGCGGUUGACUGUUUGGUUCACUUCGCCGACGAACACCGCACAUCUGCUCAACAACUCGGAGGUGAGGCACCUCACGCUGAUCCACUGUGGUGCUGGGGGAUCUGGCGGGAUGCCUUCUUCCCUGGAGGGUCAUUUCGCCGUGCAGCACCUGGAGAGGCUGACGGUGGUACACCUGCAGCAGAGGCCGCUUCGCCACGACCCAGAUGCAAACAGGGCCAAGAGUGCAGAUUCAAACAGUGACACGGACAGAGACAACAGUGCUCACCUGGGAACAAAUACAUUCAACAGGGAUAGAGACACAUUCCUGGACCUGAUUGCGGACAUGACGGAUUCCUUGGAUGUGUCCUCACCCCAGAUCCAGGACAUCUUCCUGGGCAGGGAGCUGGGAGCAGCGUACCACGAACAGGCCCGACUGGGGAUCCUCCACAGCUCUGUGCUGGGGUGGGGAGCAGUGGUCAAGGCCUACACAGUCCAGACACACAUAGACAGUAAUGGUGUGCUGCCAUUCCCUGACCUCCACCUGCCCAAAUUACCAGCGACGUCUGUCAUAUAUGUCAGCUUUGUGUACUAAUAAAUAGAAAAGUCGUUGAGUCUGAGGGGUUCAAGACAAUCAACCCGUCUUGUCUUCCAGGGGUCGGAUAAAUGGCUUAUUAAAUGUUCAACACAUUACAAAUGAUGUUGCGUUUAAAGUUGGGCCACUAAGUAAGUUUCUAACAGAUAUCUGCUCCGUAUUAAGUGUUACGUUUAAACCUCAGUGAGAGAACCUAACACGAAGAAAAAAUGAACUGAGACCGUUUCCAAAACCAACCUAGUAUUAAGUUGAGCCUCUGUUACGUUUUCUGAAGGUUAUCUCCUAACUUCCUUGGACAGAGAUCGACAAGGAUUUCUUUGGGAGUUUGGGGGAUUUGGCAUUUGUUUUCUCGUCCAACAGUUUUAAUCAUAAUUUUCCCAUGUGGAAACUUUGCACAGCUGUUUAUCAGCAUGUUAGAACAAACUACGUGAACUAUUGAGAGACCCUCUGUGCGACCAGAAACAGCCAGCCAUACCCCUCCAGCUGAAGUAUCCUUUGUGUCCAAAUGAUGUUUAUACUGAAUUGAUGGUGUAAUCCCCGACACAAUCGUUUACCAGUUGAGCAAUAUGUCCUUUAGUACAAUAAUAACUAUAUAAUUUUAACCAUUGCUGUGUUUGGGUCCAAAAAAUAAGAGUAACAUGUGUUGAUUAUGUUAGAUGUUAGAUUGGAUUAGAUGAGAUUAAAACUGUCAGGGCUGCUCAGUUUUGACUCUCUCAUAUUGCUCCCUAUGAUAAACACAAUGAUUUACUUGUAGGCCUACCUGUCAUCAGAGAUUGGACGACAUUGAGGUCAUUUGGACUUCUGUGCAGCAUGAAUCCCCCCAGCUCUGCUUUUGAGGUGGCACUGACCUCCCCGUGACCUCUGGCCUCUGAUCCCUGUACAAAAGCCAAAUAGACUUUCUCUUCGGGGACACAAGUAGCAUUCGAUAUAAAUGUGAAACUGCUUCAAACAUUAGACCACAAGAUGGCAGCAGAUACAUUCGAGUCAAAGAGAUUCAAACUGAAGUGAGGGGAGGGAGGGGCUGAGCAGACCGAGCAUCUUUCUGUCGCUUAAAAGAAAAAGAUAUCUGUAACUCUUCAACACACUAUGUGUUAUGAAACGUCUCAGCACUUUCUAAUCUUAUGGGGAAUGGUAUUUUUAACGACAGAGUACAUUGCUAAGUACGGCCUGAUAUUUAUUUGUGUAAAAAAAUAAGUUUACUGUUUGCAUUUGUCUGAAACAAAAACAGAAAUAAAUGAUUUACUUACCAGAUA